GUAGCCGAGUGAAGCGCUGGUUGAGUUUCCUUGUUUCCCUACUUCUGCUCGUGAAGGUGAAAAUGUGAAAUCCUUGUGAUUCAACAGGAUAAGAGCCAAGAGGCAAGUUUCAGCGUUUUAACAUCAACAGUGUGAUCACUGAUCAGUUGACAGUCGUCCGUCACGACUGGUUUGACGGAGUGUCGGAACGUCUGCCGAUGUCAGGAGAGAAUUUGCAGAUAGUGGGACAUGGCAAGGGCAAUCUGGCUGUAGAACAGCUCGAGGACGGCGAUGGGGCGGCGUUGGAGGAAGUCGACGACUCGCCACUGCCUGCGUGCAUCGCCGUCGACGGACCCGCUGCAAAAAUUCAAAACGCCAAAUUCAACAAAAGCGUCGUCCAAAUUGGCGACGUCUUCGUCUUCAACAAAUUCACAAGCGAAGAUUCCGAAAAAGAUAAACAAUUCGUACCUGACGCCAUUAACAAGCUGGACCGUUUGAAUACGGAAUUAAACAAUACUGUGAUUAUUAAUACUAAAGAACCGCUGAAGGAAAAUGAGAAAUUGAUCAAGUUACUCAAAUAUACAAUUCUCAAAUAUACUAUCAUUACUGUUUUCACAGUGGCUAUGAUCACAGGAUUGAUUUUUGGUGCUGUUAUUUGGUAUUCUCAUGCCUACGAUAAUAUCAACACAAAUACGGAUGAUAUACCAAAUAAAAACUUUUGGGACAUCUUCAUUGGCAGAGGUUACUGGUAUGCUAAAGUGAACAAUAAUCUGCCCCAACAUACUCACAUGCCUCAUGAUUCGAUGGGUGUUGUUAUGAGCGCUUUUCUAGAUUGCUCCUCAGAAAGGGGUUGCCAGUCGCAAGUAAGAGCUUAUCAAGCUGAUGGGUUCAGCAAAAACCUUACUGACAUCAAAGUCAAUUUUGUAAUUGGAGGAGAUGGAAGGAUUUAUGAAGGGACUGGAUGGUAUAAUUACUCUUAUAAAAUAGGUGAUCCUAAAGACAAAUUAAAGCAAGACUGUUCAUUACUCGUUGGUGUGUUGCUCAACCAAAAUCGUGUUACUGUUAAGAUGGCAUCAAGUUUUGCCCUGUUAAUCAAGAAAGGACUCGAAAUCAAUGCACUGGCGAAAACUUAUAAAAUCUACAAUCAUAAUAAGAUGAUGAACAUAUCAAUUCCAAUGCAACAUUUCGAUUGGUUACUAGACAACAGUGGGGUGCAAUCAAAGCAAACGGACCACCCCAGGUGUUGGCGAUAAACCCACCUGCUAUGGUUAUUAUAGGCCAUACUGCUGGUAAUCCAUGUACCACGUUUCAUUCAUGCUCUGAAGAGGUCAGAUCGAUACAAGCAGAUCAUUUAUCAAGGGAUUUUGAUGACAUAGGCUACAACUUCCUUGUUGGAGGAGAUGGUAAUGUUUACAUUGGCAGAGGAUGGGGCCUUGAAGGAGCCCACACGCGAUUUUAUAAUAACCGGUCCAUAGGCAUUGCAUUCAUAGGCAAUUUUGUAAAUAUAAAACCGCCGAAAAAACAAGUCAAUGCAGGCCGUGAUCUUAUCGAAGCCGGACAUGCCGC